CAACAAACCAAAGCCCUUCUCCAACCCAUUAGUUCUCUCUUAUCACCUUUCCUCACAUUCUUCCACAACACUUCCUGAACUAUAUAUAUAACUCCACUGAUCAUUUGAAGAAACUAAAGCAAUGGAAAUGGUGGACAGGUUAGAGAAAGACAAACCACUGGUAAUCUUCACCAAGAGCUCUUCCAUCACUACACUCGUCUUUGGGUUCGGAGCGAACCCGAAAAUCUACGAGCUGGAUGAAAUCCCCAAUGGUUCCAAAAUCGAGGGGGCACUGCUCCAGCUGGGUUUCCGACCAAGUGUGCCAGCUGUCUUCAUCGGUCAAAAGUUGAUCGGCGGCGAGAAGCAGGUGAUGAACCUCCAUCUCCAGAACCGACUUGUUCCAAUGCUCAUGGAAGCUGGUGCCAUGUGGCUUUGGUAGUAGGCUUCUGUGUUCUGGGGGAAAAUAAAUUUUAUAUAUGCAUAAUUCUGCUUUUGUUAGUUCAAUGAAAGCCUUAAAUAAGC